AUGAAGGUUACUCCAAUAUUUUUGGUUUCUUGUGUCCUUUUCUCUCUUCUCCCCAUCCACUCGUCACAAGAUGUAUCAGUUUUUCCACCAAUGAAGGAACCAGUGUAUCGACGUUCUAAACAAGUCUUCAAUGGAUCAUGCACAGACAGAGGCAGUCCACCAAUCACUUGUUUCCUUGACUUCUUGGGUGCACGAAGUGCAAGUGAGAUGCCUAAAAACUGCACUUGCACUCCUCUGCCUAAAAAUAAGCGUCUUUGUGAAUGUGAAGUUGUUCAACCGUGGUAG